UUUGCGACCCCACUAACCUUGUCUUUAGCAACCUCAUUUUUCUUUAAGGCUUAUCUUCUACUUGAUACUCUCUCCGUCAGCUAUUUGAAAUUGUUCAUCUAAGUUCUAACCACUCCCUUCCCGUAGAUACACACACACCACUUCACCCCAGGUUGUGGAUUCAAAUAAUUUUUCUAAGCUUUCGUGGUUUAGAAAAGUUUCUCCUUGUUCCUUUGGUCUUAAGUUUUCAGUUCAAUGGCGAAGGUUGCUGGUGAUCUUCCUUUGUACAGCUGCAGGAAUUGCCAAAAUCCUAUUGCGCUUCGCAGUGACCUUCUUUCUAAGGCUUAUAUUGGAAAAUCUGGGCCAGCAUAUUUGUUUAGUCAUGCAAUGAACAUCAUUGUUGGGCGAAAAGAGGACAGGAAGCUCAUAACUGGUGCAUACAGUGUUGCUGACAUCUAUUGUUGCAACUGUGGGGAGAUCCUAGGCUGGAAAUACUUACGUGUUUAUGAGGUGAAACAAAAGUUCAAGGAAGGGAAGUUCAUAAUUGAGACAGCAAAAAUCGCCAGGGAAUAUUAAUAAUCCUAAAUGUGAAGACAAUAUCCAUAACAGUUUCCAUUAGAAAAAAGGGUCCCUACUUCAUUUUUCCCAGAUAGAAUAUUAGCAUGUUGGUUCCACAUUUUCAGCUAUACUCACUAUAGGGUCCUUUGUACCCAAAACUUGAAGGUUUUUUGGAUAAUUAAGUUCUAUAUUGCUGAUCUGAUAAAAA